AUGCGGUGGCGCGACGAGAAACUGGAGGUUUCCAUCUUCCACGGGAAUAUAGAAAACCUCAAGUUUGACACCAGCAAGGAAAGCGUCUUUUUCUCACCGGGCAACUCCUUUGGCGGAAUGGGCGGCGGCUACGACAAGGCGUUGGCGUACCUAUUUUCCGAGGCUGGCGACUGGCGUACCACCGACCGGUACGUGAAGAAUUGGAUAGUCGAAAACAGUAACGGAUACUCGGCUCCAGGGACUGCGCAACUGAUCCGCUUCGACUGGCCGGACUCGCUAGCCUGGCAGAAGUAUAGGGCCAGCGCGAUCCUGCACGUCCCGACAAUGCGAACUCCAAAAAUCCUCGGGUUUACAGAAGAACAGACAAUACAAUCCGUGUUCGACUGGACCUGGCAGAGUCUGGUGCGGGUCAGACAAGAGCCGUCGCUAGACGUGUUUGUCAUGACAGGGAUGGGGACGGGAUACGGCUGUCUUACGGAAAAACUGGUGUGCCGGACGAUGGUGGCGGCAAUCGCUAUGUUUGGCAGCCAAAUGGGCAAAGAAGUGCUGUCCUACUUGGACAGUCCAUACAAAAGAAGCGAUAUCGAAAAGAAACUGUAUGGCUGA